GGUUUCACUCUGGUUGGAAACUUGAUAAAGUUCCUGUUUAACAUAUUCCUUGAAUUCUAUAGCGACUAUCAUCGGAGGAAAUACACACGUUAGUUAAUACCGUUUUCAGAGCAGGAUUACAUUAUGCAUAUUGGGGUAGCAAGAUCGUCAUCUUGAAAACACCUGCGAUAUAUCAGGUAUUGGAGGGAAGUCAUUGGUCGUUGAGCGUUCACGACUGGAACAGGUUAGGACAAGUCUCCUCUCCCCAGUCUACAGUGUCGGGUGGUGGGACUCGGUGGGGGGGAUGUGUACCAGUGGUGUUCCAGCCAGCUCCAGCCAUGGGGUCAGCCGGUCGGGCUCCUCGUAUGCCCUGUGUGCCCUUGGGGUGGGACUCAUAGCCCUGGGCAUCGUCAUGAUUGUGUGGUCAAUGGUUCCCGGGGAUGCUACCCAGACAACCAAGACUCCAGGCAACUCCAGUAUAACAGUGCCAGCAGACCAUGGUGAGGAUGGGGAUGGCGAGGAAGACAAGGAAGCAACGAAGACCUUAUCAAUAGCCUAUGUGCUGGUGGGGGCAGGGGUGGCCAUGCUGCUGCUGUCUAUCUGCCUGGGGGUGAGGAACAAGCGGAGGAAGCACCAGAGAAGACAGGAGACACGGGCCGUAGGAGUCCGCUUCGUGGACCAUGUGGCUGGGGAGGCAGGAGAGAAUUUAGAUGAGCCAGUCCCAGUCUACAACGUGCCCAGCUAUGAGGAGGCGGUCACCAGUGGCCAGUUCCCCAUCCGCCAGAGCAACUUACGCCAGAGCAACUCCCAGCUGCCUUCCUACGAGGACCUCAUCUGUGCUGUGGAAAACGAGGGGGAGGGACCAAGUGCUGCCCCAGUUAAGGAGGCUCAUCCUAGCAGUCCCACUCCUGAGCCCCAGCCCGCCGCUGCAGCCAACCCCCACAGCAGUAGCCGGGCCAGCCGGAUACUACGGCCCAACAGGGUACGCAGAAUCAAGUCUGAGAAACUCCAUCUGAAGGACUUUCGUUUUAACAUUCGCAACCCUACUGAUGCGAAGGUGACCAUUGAACCAAUCACUCCACCACCACAGUACGACGGCAAGAUACCUGAGUUCUGACAGCGCCCCCUAUAGCCUGGGAGUACUAAAAGCAUUGUUUCAAUGUUGAGUAAGACAACACUAUAGCUGGAUCAGAUGUCUAAUAAUAAUAAUGAGGCCUAGCUGUGAGUGUUCCUCCUUCACCCUGAGGCAGACCCAGACAUUGUUGCUUUGAAUCAAGUUGUUUCUCAGCUCCAUUUUGACUCGUUUAUAGACUUAUUUAUUCAGGGGCUUAUUUUCCUCUCUGUUUAGAACACGGUGGCUGUGUUUUUAACUAUCGCACAACAGAAGGCUUGACGGGGUGCUACGCCACUGCUUAUAACUAUAAGUUAACUAUCGAAGAUGUGCCAACUUAAAUUAUCCAGCUCAGGGAGCCAGCUAUGCAUUUUGUUUGCUAACUUGCUAAGUGGCUAGCUUUCAAGUUCAAGCUUCUUGGUUAUAGCAGACAAAAUGGAUCCCUCUUGAUCCCCUCCUGGAUCAAGAUCCCUGCUACCUAAAUUUGUUUUGUGCGUCAAAAUUAUAUGAUUUCAAAUGACUUUUUUACGUUGGGAAAGAACUAGCACCCCUUGUGUGCACUGCCGGGAAUACUGUAUAUCACGGUAUGGUACAGGAAUGGUGUGAAGGUAGGCACCUGGAUACCGCACAACCCUGCUCUACAGGACACACUGCACCAAAUACCCUAGUUUCAGACUCCUAAUGAUCCUUACACCUCUGAAGCCACUUCCAUACCCAUCAAAAUAACUUAUCUCUGAACUCUCAAUAGCUGUUUUACCACCAAGUUUUAGAUAAGGGGAAUAAUGGGGUGUUAACACUAGAGAUCCUGACCGCCAGUGUGACCCCCCCCCCCCCCCCCCCCCUUUUCUCUGCAUAAGCGAGCUUGGCCCUUCUUCUUCGGUCUGCUGAUGCAAUCAGGUCCUCAAACACAGGGGAGCGCCAGGGUGGGGAGGUUAUUAAAAAGGCAUCGGGGUCCUCUGGGUCUGUCGCCACAUCAGACAUGAUGUCUUCAGUUGACCCCACAAAUCAAUUGCUUUUGACCGACUGUCUUGAACACUUGAAUCUCAAAGCUUAAAAAAAUAAAAGUGCAAGUCUCAACUUUUAAAAACUCAGUACUGUAUUUAAAAUGUAUGGAUUGGUUCACAUUUAUAAACUAACCCGUCUCUGGCGACGCAGUCUUCUCUUUCUCUUCUCACAUUUUUUUUGGGGGGGUCAAAUUCCAAGUCAUAAGUGAUCACAUUUGUCUUCACUUUUCUUGCGGCUUAUACUACAUUUGUUCUCCUCACCAGCAUUAAUGUGUAGAUCCCUUACUGUCCGCUAUUAAAACAGAAAAGAGCAUCAUUAGUAAAUUAACAUGAUUCAAAUAUUCAAUGUUAGCUACCACCAGUGUGCAAGUUGCAAAAGUAAACAUUGAACUUACGGAUAGCCUUACGGUCAUCCUUUCAGGUGCAGUCGCUGCAGAAGUGCUUAGAUGUAGCUGCUGCUGUUGUUGUUGUUGGAAUAGCUAGUUGAGCUACUUGUGUCAUCAGUCUAUCGUCCAUAUCAGCCACCAUGUUGUAGACCGGCAUCUGAUUCAGCCUGGUUAUGACAUGAGUUGUUGGAAAUCCAUAUGCCCUCAUUUGGUGAUGGAUCAUUCCCUUGCACAAAGAGACUUCCGGCAGGUCCCAAAAACGAAUUGUAUCAAUAACAUUUUUUUUUAAAUCAAUAGCCGCUUGUCUCCUUUGCUGUAUUUUACUAGGCUUGGUUAGCUAGCUAACGUUCAAUAGCUAGCUACCAAGCUAUCCGUUCUUCCGCCAACGUUGGAAAGCUAACGUUAGCCAACUGCUUUGGAAGAUUUGUAGCUAGCUAGUUAAUUUUACUUGCCAGCAAACAGUAGCUUGUUUUAGUCAACAAAAAUCCAUGUAACAUGAUCAUGUUAAUGUUAGUUAUUGACUACAUUGCUACUGUAGCUAUCUCUGCCAAUGUUAUAGCUGCUACAGUGCCAGCUAGCAGAGAUAGCUAUGCUAGCUAGAUUUAUUUCAAAUAUAAUAUGUUAUUUGUCACAUGCGCCGAAUACAACACCAAACCGUGAAAUGCUUACUUACAAGCCCUUAACCAACAAUGCAGUUCAAGAAAUAGAGUUAAGAAAAUAUUUCCUUAAUCAACUAAAGUAAAAAAUAAAAUAUAAAGUAACACAAUAAUAAACAGCGAGUUGUAGUGGUGUAAAAACAAAGGGGGAGGUGUCAAUGUAAAUAGUCUGGGUGGCCAUUUCAUUAAUUGAUCAGCAGUCUAACGGCUUGGGGGUAGAAGCUGUUAGCGAGCCUUUUGGACCUAAACUUGGCGCUCCGGUACCGCUUGCUGUGCGGUAGCAGAGAAAACAGUCUAUGACUUGGGUGACUGGAGUCUUUGACAAUUUUUUGGGCCUUCCUCUGACACCACCUAGUAUAUAGGUCCUGGAUCACAGGAAGCUUAGCCACAGUGAUGUACUGGACCGUACGCACUACCCUCUGUAGUGCCUUACGGUCGGAUGCAGAGCAGUUGCCAUACCAGGCGAUGAUGCAACCGGUCAGGAUGCUCUCGAUGUUGCAGCUGUAGAACUUUUUGAGGAUCUGGGGACCCAUGCCAAAUCUUUUCAGUCUCCUGAGGGGGAAACGGUGUUGUCGUGCCCUCUUCACAACUGUCUCUGUGUGUUUGGACUAUGAUAGUUUGUUGGUGAUGUGGACACCAAGGAACUUGAGACUCUCAACCCGCUCCAUUACAGCCCCGUCAAUGUUUCUUGACAGUCUCAUUUGGAAUGUUGUGGCUGUGGGCUAUAGAGUACUCGCAGUACCAUUUAUAAAUGUUAUGCCUAACCAUUUACAUGGCAUCGUGCGACGAGUACAAAUUCCCGGCAGUUGUUCAUUGUUAGUUGCAUGAAUAUAUUUUUUCUAAUGACCGCCAGUAGAAAAACACCCCCCAUUGAAUUGUUGUGCCUUGAAGAGGUUGAGAUGGCUGCGUUUUCAAAUCACAUUUAUUUGAUUGGUCAUUUUCAACCGUCACACCCUCACUUCUGGUUUUGUUCGUUUAAUUGAAUUAUUUACCUUUCAAUCACUAUGCCCAUGCAUUUUAUUGGCUGAUGAGUUUGAGCCAAUGUUUUAUGAAAUUACAGUUCCGGUCCCAUCAAAACUGAAACUCUGAUACAUGGUUGCUCCAGCAUAGACUUUUUUUUCCUGGUUCAUAUAGAAAUAGACCAGACCCAGCUGCUAUCACAUUAGUGUCUAUGAGAUAGCCACCCCUUAGGUAGACUUGAACUGUGGCUAAUAAAUUAAUAAAAAAUCCUACAAUGUGAUUUUCUGGAUUUUUUUUCUCAUUUUGUCUGUCAUAGUUGAAGUGUACCUAUGAUGAAAAUUACAGGCCUCUCUCAUAUUUUUAAGUGGGAGAACUUGCCCCACUGUAUAUCAUCCAACGAAGUGCUUACUUGCAGGUUCCUUCUCGACAAUGCAACAACAAUAAGAAAUAAUAAAAGAUAAGAAUACGAACAUAAAGUAAAUGGCGUAGAAUAUAAUACAAAUUUAGCAUAAACAGGGGCGCAACUUCAUUUCUUUUAUCCAGCCGUAUAAACACUCCAAACAGUCUACCCGACCACCCGGAGGCGUCCGCAUGGUCCUAAAGCACAGCGUUGCCUCAUUUUGUAUCACAUUCCAAUGAUAAAACUGGGGGGGAAAUGCAAUUUUGGAAUGUCCCCAGUACUCCCCUGAGCAUAAGUAUAAUACAGUUCAGAAACUGUCUCUGAGGCUGUUGGUAUCCGUCCUCAUGCUCCGAUACCAUCUGCCGACGGUAAGGGAGAUAAACGCUCAUGGCUGGGGUGUGUGGGGUCCUAGAUGAUGCUGCGUGCCUUCCUUAGGCACCGCUUCAAGUAGAUGUCCUGUAUGGGUGGGAGCACAGUCCCAGUGAUGUGCUGGGCCAUCUUCACCGGCUGGAGGGCCUUGCUCUUGUGGACGGAGCAAUUCCCAUACCAGGUCGUGAUGAAACCAGUCAGGACGCUCUCGAUGGUGCAACGGUAGUAUUUGGAAAGCAGAUUACUCCAUCAUACUCCGGACGGACAACCAUGUACUGCAACGUCAGACUGAAGUUAACAAAAUGCAAGGCAGUAUGUGGACACAGGCGAAGACCAAGGCAGAGAGGAAAAUAAUAAAGACUGAAACUGGGGCCAGAGCUAUUUAAAUUGACACAUUUCAUCCCCAUAGACAUGGCUGUAGUGGACCAUAUGCUAAAUAUUUUACUGGGGACAGCAGAACACGUUUUUACCGUCUAAGAAUAUUGGUGUGCUGAAUAAUGUAAUACUAAGAAAUAUACAGCUUAAAGUUGAUGCCCCGAAAGCACCUGCAGACAUGGGCCAACUACGGAAAUCUCUAAUCUCCUCUGGGUUUUCUCAUUUCAAUGCACAAGAAUUGAAAAAAUUGGACAUGCGUUUACUCCCUAUUCACUCUGAAGGGACUUGAACGGCAGCAGGUCGCCUAGCAGUGUCUUUCAAGUCCCUUCAGGCUGAACUGAAAAGGUGGCUGGUUUGAAUCCCCGAGCCGGCAAGCUGAAAAAUGUGUCUGUGCCCUUGAGCAAGGCACUUAACCCGAAUUGCUCCAGGGUCGCCGUCAAUAAUGGCUGAUCCCUGCUGUUUGUCAUAACAAGUGAAGAUGGUAAUGAUAUGUUUGUCUUCACAUUCAUGUAUCCAAACAAGGGUCUAUCUCACCAUUGUACAGCUGACAGAACGACAUUAAAAGGUAGACAUGCUGGGGAGAGGUCAUAAGCACUGAUCAAAGUAGAAGUUUUUCCGCUCAUCGCGUACUUACUUGCAAAGUGAUUCUUCGCUGACAGAUGGGCCUACCAUGCUUUCAACCAGAUGUAGAGCUAACACCGGGCUUAGUAACAGUUGUUCUCUUGUCGUGUGUGCUUGUUAGUCCAGCAUAUGAAAUCACACAUUUCUCAUGUCAUGGCUCGUGUAAAUUGGUUCGAGAAACAUCUGAAUCAAUAUAAUUUCAAGCCCUGUGUUGAGGUUCGGGACAAGGCAUCGGAAUCUGUAUCAGAGGCAUAGUUUAUGCCAGUUCAGAGAAUUAUGAAGAGUUGUGCAUAUCGCCAGUAUAAAGUACAGUUUGCCAGGACUACAGAGACAGUGGCUGUGGUAGUACCAGUUUCAAGCAGGGCUGCUUUUGAGGCAUUACAUAUUUUUUUGUUUAGCCUUUAACUAGGCAAGUCAGUUAUUAAGAACAAAUUCUUAUUUGGCUACUUGGAAGUGAAACUAUAAGACAUCAAGGGACCUACCAGUGGGAGUUUUGAGAGCAGAGCUACUGUUUAUUUAUUCAUUUGUAGCGGUAUUUAAAAAUACAAAUAUAUAUUAUUCAUUGUUUGUGUUUAUUUCAGAAAGUGUAUCAUACGUUGUAUCUGUUUUGUAUAUGGAACUUUGCAUUGUACUGUGAAACUGAUUGUGUUAAAAUCCCAUUUGUCAACCAGCCUUUUUAGCUUGGCCUUUAAUCAGUUACACUUUUGUUUUAUGUUCUUUGAUAACAUAUGAUCUCUUAUAUUGCCGUGCUUGUUUCUUCAUUUGAUUGUUUAAAGUGUUUUACUAUUUUAAAUGCACUUCAAAUAAAGUUUGAAUUGAAGUUUGA